AUGGAUGAACGAUGUAUAGAUGAUCUAUGCAUGAAUGAAACUAAGAGGAAGGGAUGUGACACCACAGUGUAUGGUCCCUACACGGCAUACUGGUCGGGAGUCCCCGAAACUAGCCGAGGCUGUCAGGGAGUUGGUGUGGUUCUUUCCUCUCGAAUGGUUGAAUGUAUGAUGGACCAUGAAUGUGUAAGCCCAAGACUCCUCUGGAUCAGGCUAAAAGUCGGACUCACUCGCUUUUUUAUCCUUGGGGUCUAUGCACCGACAGAGCUGCGCGGAGGUGAGUCAUCAAAAGCCCAACAAGAGAGAGAGGAAUUUUGGGAUAGCAUGAGAGAUGUCUUGAAUAAGUGCGGAGAAAAUGAACAGAUCGUGAUGUUAGGGGAUUUUAAUGGACGGGUUGGAGUGAAGCGUGAUGGUAUGCCAACGACUACAGGACGCACUGCAAAACCAGAAGUAAUAGUUGAAAAGUUUGUUGAAACUUUGCUCGCCAGUGAAAGAUAUUUAAAAUUGAUAGAAGUUGUUGAAGACAAAAUGAGUCAUUUGCAAACGAUCUUUAGAGAAAGAACAAACACAGUAAUGAAAUACUUGACUGAAAUUUUGCGAGUAGUAAAAACUUCUCCAGUGGAUCAAGUACAAAGUAAUCUACAUUCUCUUAAAGACGAUUUAGAAAAAUUUAAAAAAUAUGUUUCACAACAGUCUGAUGACGACCCAAACUUGCGAGUUGGAAAUGGCGGAUGUAAUUUAGAAAAGCAUUUAGAUAAUCGUCUUUCUAUUUUUGAAACUCAUUUGAAGUCACUUAGAGACAAUGUUGAAGGAAUAUCAAAUGUUAUAUCAGAAGUGAAAAGCAGACAACGUUUGCGAUAUUUAAACAUUUCAGAUAACAUCGGACGCACGUUUGAUGCUACGAAUUUAAUAGGCGAGUUUCGACGUAUCUUACAGGAACAAAAGUCUAGAAAAUGCGAUUGCAGGAUGAUGGGCCGCGUGGACCGUUCGGAGAGAUAUCCGACUGACUGUCAAGAAAUACAGGCUCAAGGUUUUAAUGUAACUGGUAUAUACAAAAUCAAACCUGAUGAUAUCGAACCAUUUUAUGUACUCUGUGACCUCAGCGCUGCGGGCGGUGGAUGGACGGUAAUACAAAAUAGAUUCGAUGGAUCUCAAGAUUUUUACAAAAGUUGGACAGAAUACAGACAUGGUUUUGGAAACCUCGCUGGUGAGUUCUGGCUCGGUUUGGAGAAAACAUAUUACCUUACAAACCAGAAGCUGUACGAGUUGAGAGUAGAAAUGGAAGCACAAAAUGGGCAGGAGGCAUCUGCAACAUUCUCCGUGUUCACAUUGGGACCCGAAUAUGAAGGGUAUCGUAUAAGCACGCUUGGAACUUAUCGCGGAAAUGCUGGUGAUUCACUAUCGUACCACGCGGGUCAGAAAUUUUCAACUUACGAUAUCGAUAACGACGAAUGGAAGGAAGGAUCGUGCGCCACCGAGCACGGGGGAGCGUGGUGGUACAAAGAGUGUGAUAAAAGUAAUUUGAACGGUAAAUAUACACUACUGGCGAGUGAACACACUGAACAAUCAAUUUAUUGGGUAUCGUUCAAUGGCCCCACGUCACCACUGUAUAAAACCAGAAUGAUGAUUAGACCUUUGCCAGCAAGUCGACCGAUGGACUAUAUCGAUAAACCACGGGUGAAUUCAGAGAUUCAAAAAUUACAAAGUAACAAGAAAAGUCCUCGCGAAAAAGAUUUCAAAGUACCCUACGACGUGAUGCGCGGACGGACGCCCUAUCGCUACGACAUACAUCCUGACGGAUUCUUCCCUAAUUACGCGUAAUGAAGUGUAUACAAAAUCAAAUAGUUUUAUACUAUAAUGCACUUUAUAUUAUAGUGUAUUUAUUUUUGUCUAAUCUUAAAUAAUAUCAAAAGCAGAAAACCAGCUUUUCUCCACUUUGAGUCAUAACAAUUUGUUUCUUCAAAACAAAUAAAUUUAAAUGUAUAUUUAAUUAUUGUAAUAUGAGCUCAACGUGGUAUGUUUCGUUUAUUAAAAAAAGUCAGCAGUCAUCAAUGUUUGUCAAACAGGAUACGAAAUAAAAAGUCAGAAUUCAGUCUCA